GACACAAGCCACUGAGCCAGGCUUUUUCUUAUCUCGCCUUUGACAAUUGGCGAAGAAUGGCAAAACCGUAAAAUGAGACACAACCAAGUGGCAAACUAAAAAGUCUUCGUUAUUGGUUUGCCUUCCGUGUUCACCUCGGACCCAUCGGAGAGACACUUACUACAGAUUCAAACUUUAAUUAUUAAAAGCUAAAACAAAAGAAGCUUCUCGUCUCGCAUUUUUCUUCUUCGAUCCCGAAAAGAUGUUGAAGCUUUCUUGUAAUGCCACUGAUAAGUUACAGACCCUCUUCUCGCAUUAUCAUCAACCGGAUCCGUUACAUCGGAGAAUCGUCUCCUCCGUGUCCUGUUCUCAUCUGAGGAAACAUGUUUUGGAUCCUUUGCGAGCGACCGUAUCUGCUGAUCAAGGAAGUGUGAUUCGAGCAGAACAAGGUUUAGGUACACUCGCGGAUCAGCUCCGAUUGGGUAGCUUGACAGAGGAUGGUUUAUCGUAUAAGGAGAAGUUUAUCGUCAGAUCCUACGAAGUGGGGAGUAACAAGACCGCCACGGUCGAAACAAUUGCUAAUCUUUUGCAGGAGGUGGGAUGUAAUCAUGCUCAAAGCGUUGGAUUUUCGACUGAUGGGUUCGCGACAACAACUACCAUGAGGAAACUACAUCUCAUUUGGGUCACUGCGAGAAUGCAUAUUGAGAUCUACAAGUACCCUGCUUGGGGUGAUGUGGUUGAGAUAGAGACAUGGUGUCAAAGUGAAGGAAGGAUCGGGACUAGGCGUGAUUGGAUUCUCAAGGAUGUUGCUACGGGUGAAGUCACUGGCCGUGCUACAAGCAAGUGGGUGAUGAUGAACCAAGACACGAGACGGCUUCAGAAAGUUUCUGAUGAUGUUCGGGACGAGUACUUGGUCUUCUGUCCCAAAGAACUCAGAUUAGCAUUUCCUGAGGAGAAUAACAGAAGCUUGAAGAAAAUCCCGAAACUCGAAGAUCCAGCUCAGUAUUCGAUGAUUGGGCUUAAGCCUAGACGAGCUGAUCUCGACAUGAACCAGCAUGUCAAUAAUGUCACCUAUAUUGGAUGGGUUCUUGAGAGCAUACCUCAAGAAAUUGUAGACACGCACGAACUUCAGGUCAUAACUCUGGAUUACAGAAGAGAAUGUCAACAAGACGAUGUGGUGGAUUCACUCACUACCACCACCUCAGAGAUUGGUGGGACCAAUGGCUCUGCAACAUCAGGCACACAGGGCCACAACGAUAGCCAGUUCUUACAUCUCCUAAGGCUGUCUGGAGAUGGUCAGGAGAUCAACCGCGGUACAACCCUGUGGAGAAAGAAGCCCUUCAAUCUCUAAGCCAUGUUUUUCUCAAGUUUCUAUCUUUGUCACUGAUGGUUUUGCUUCACGAGUCUAGUCACGUCUCAUUUUUUUAAUAUAAAUUUGGUUAGACUAUAGAGCUGGAAUUAUUGGAGUAGUCUUUGUGGAACUUAUGAGUUUUCGUUCUUGUUUCUAUACAAAUCCUGAGGAUUUAAGCCAAACUCAUUUCAUCUUUAGUGUCUUCUGGUCUUGUCUUGUGUCUCUGCGUGAUUUUUAUCGAAAACUCACAACAGAAAAGAUUGUUCGUCAGAUAUUUUUAUAUAAAUUGGGUUACUUUGACAGAA